AUGUGUCGAGGAAAUUUGUUCGAUAACGCAUCCGACGACGACAAUGAACAAGAUCAGCACCAAGAUCAUGAUCCAAACACCGAUGCUGAAGGAGAUCGCCAUCCUAUUUGUAAACUUCACUACAGACAUGUUUUGAAAUGUCCAAUUUAUUAUCCCGUUUUUCAAAAAAGCAAAUCUACAAGACGAAAUUUCGAUGAUGCUGCUGAAGAACCUACAGAUCUCGAUGAAGAUGGACAACCGAGAGCUGUAUUUGCUCAUACCACUCAAUUCAUUCCCGAACUGAGUUUGAUUUAUUCAUGGGGUGGACGAAAUAAUCCAUCGGUUGCUUUCCAACGUUAUGACACCAAACAAAAGAAGUGGAUCCGAAGUGAAGGAGGACCUUCUGAUUCAAGUGGUACCAUGCCACAGGAGUCUCUUUAUUAUCAUUCUCUGACCUAUGUCUCGAGUAAUCACUCAUUGUACAUUAUUGGAGGCAUUAGCGAUUCGUCAUCCACAGAGAGCGCUGUAGACAUGUAUCAAUAUUCUCUUAAAAAGAAACAAUGGAAUACUUUUGCUUUUCCAACGAAUGGUAAAGCACCAGAAACAGGAUUGUAUGGACAUGUUUGUGUGUAUAGAACUGUGGAUGAUUCGUUAGUAAUUUUUGGAGGAUUUACUCGUUCUUGGAAGAGUGACGACUUGUUCGUCUAUAAUUGUGCAUCAGGCAAGUGGAAAAAGGUUAAACCAAAUAAUGCUUUUCAUUCACGAGCCUUUUCCACGGCUGUCUACAAUGAAACCAAUGACACCAUGAUUGUCUAUGCUGGAGAGAUUAAUUCUGAUACACCUGAAUUGACUUGUGAAUUGGGAAUAUUUCAUUUCAAAACGCUAACAUGGGAGGUCGUUGAGUUCGAGCGUUGGACACUUGGUGUGAAUCCAGAACCAAUUUAUGGCCAUACAUUAUGCUUGUUAGACGAUCGAUUUUUACUUUCUCAUGGCGGCUGUGCACAGAAUGAUCGAAUUCCAAGAAACGAUUGCUUUGUGUUCGAUCUUGUGAGGCGUGAAUGGUCCAGUUGUCCCGAGUUGGGAGAACAAGCAGGUUGUUUACUUUGUUCCACUCUCUCUCACGAACCAAAGAGUCACUCUCUUUAUUUCUUUGGAGGAAAUUCUGAUCAGGGUUCAAUUUCUGAGAUUGUGUAUGUGAGCUAUCGAUUUUCUGAGGGAGACUUUUUCUUUAUGGAAAAAUUACACACAGCUGUAAAUUCGAAUCAAUUGAGUGAUAUCAACGUUUAUGCUCUAGGAAACAGUAUUUUGGAUGAAUAUUAG